GGGCAGCUUCAUAACACGGUGAACGUUCGGCGAGGUUCACGCGACUCGUCUCUCGCUCAUACAGAGUUCUGUCAGGGGAAGGCAAAUUCGCACUUAAAUCAGCCACAGAUCUUCUCACUCGUAAGUCCUGAUAGGUUCCUUGGGUAGACAGCAGCUCGAGCAAACACACAGCAAUGGAGUCCAAAUACCCAGCAGCAACGGAUUUGAAGAAGAUCAACAAACUCAUCGCAGACGCCCAGGCCCAUAAUGACGAGCUCAACAGAAAGGUUCUCUGUGCCAAGGCUGUAAGCUUGUGCGAGUUGGCUACAGUAGUCGCGAAAGCUGAGUUGGAGAACGUGAUGGACCGAUCAACAUCGUCCAGCGAGUACCUCACCGAAGAGGACUCCUCGGAAGAUGACUAUGGAUCGGACCCCGACACCAAGUACGACGCAAAGGGCAGACGUCGCAUACCACUCUUGAGCGAGCGGGAGUCGGCGGCGCCGACACGCGCCAUGCCUCAACGCUUCGAGGACAAUCUCAGAAAGCUCCCUAUACUACAAAAGUCUAUCAACUCCGCCAAACGGAAUCUGGGAAUGCCAGCCGAUGAUGACAACGAUGAAGACGGACGCGCGAGAAAGAAAGUGAAGACUGCCUCCUCACCAAGACUGGCACAGAAACCCGCCAUCAACCGCCCGGCCUGGCUCAAGAUGCGGAUGGAUGAGGCCAUGGACGCAGGGAACAUUAUCCUAGAACAAUUUGCGGCCUUUGUGAAAGCCAUCACGGCGGAAAGCAUGAAUACUCGAAAACGCUCCAUCCAGGAGGCACUGACCCACGUUGCGCACCAUUUUGGGGCCGAGCUUUUGCCCAACGGCUUGGAACUUAUUCGAGCGGAAUUCGAAAGAACAGAGAUGGGUACGAUGUACCUGAUAUAUCCGUUGGACGCCAAACGAGCCUACUUGGAAACAAGAGGGGUCUUGAUGGACCCCCGAGAACUCCGAGAACGCGCGAUUGAAAAGGCUAUAGCCGACGUCAAGCUCAAUUUUGGGCAAAAGCUUGUGUCUGACGGGUUGCAGGUCAUUCUUGCAGGCUUCAGAAAGACGAAGUGGGAUGAGAUAUACUUGAUCCUCCCGAUGGAGGCCAAACGAGCUUACUUGGAGAGAGAAGGGGUCCUGGCAGGUCUCCCUGUGGUCCAGAAACCGUUGAACCAGUAUGCGAAACCCUCAAGCGAAGAGAAGAAGGGCCGGGUGCGUGAGUGGCUUGCAGCUAUGGAUACUACGUGUCAUGGUGCCAAAAGUCAAAGGACAGCAUAAACAAUACAAGUUAAUGCUAUCAACUCAACGACUAUGCGUAGUCCGCAUCCAAUGGGUAAACUGGGUGAGAUGAGAAAGGCUGGUUGUAGGGAUGAAACUAAGGUCUGCGAUGGCGCCACGCGAUGAUAGCUUGGAACAAGGCCAGUCACCAACACAUAAUCCAAUGUGAGAAAAGAUUGAAUGAGAAUCAAGAUAGAAAUCAGGUGAAUAGGAUGAGAGAAUAUGGGCGAGAAGAAACAUUC